AUUGUUCCUACAGCUAGUAUAAAUACCUUAACCAAUCUGUUCAUAUGCUCAACCAUUGAAGCUUACCAUUCCAUGUUGAAGAAAAUUACUAUGCCACCUUUCUCACCAAAGCCUACUCCUUCUUACAGGGUUCGGUCGAUUAGCUUUCCUGCUAGAUCACACCCUAAUAUUCGCAGAAUUGAAGAGGAGUUGAACAAGCUCAGUACUUCUUGGAAUGAAUCAUCAUCAGUGAAUGCAGAAAGAGUUCAAGCUCGGCUAACUGGACUUAAAGAGAUAUACACAUGCAUAGAGAGUCUCUUAAAUUUGCCAUUGACCCAACAAGCUCUUGCCCAACAUCAACAGGAGAAAUGGGUUGGUGACAUGUUAGAUGGCUUGAUAAGGCACUUGGAUGUGUGCAGCAACACAAGGGAUGCUAUUUUGUUGAUGAAGGAAUCCGUUCGAGAACUUCAAUCAGCUCUUAGAAGAAGCAAGGCUGGUGGGGAAUUAAGCAUCGAAAGCAAUAUCAAUGCUUAUUUUUGCUCGAGAAAGAAGAUGAAAAAAGAAGCAGCAAAGUUUCUUGCAGCAUUGAAGCAGAAGGCCAACAGCAUAUCCUCUAUGUUAAAUGCAGAUGAUCAUUAUCUUGCUGCAGUAGUUAAAUCACUUAGAGAAGCGAACUGGGUUAGCAUUUCAAUAUUUAGCUCACUCUUAUUGUUCCUCUCAGCACCAAUCUUGAAACCAAAAACUAGUAAAUGGUCUUUGAUUUCAAAAUUGGUGCACAAAGGAGUUGCAGCAUCUGAAAGCCAAGAAGAGAACAUGAAUGAGUUGGAGAAUGUGGAUGUUGCACUAACCAACCUAUUAGUGCCUAAUUCAGGCAAUGUUUUAGAUCAAGAAGAGAAGGUACAAUCUGCACAGAGAAUGCUGGAAGUUUUAGAUAUCAGCAUUGAAGAAUUAGAAAAUGAAUUGGAGUGCUUGUUUAGACACCUAAUUCAUACUAGAGUCUCCCUUCUGAACAUAGUUUCUCACCAACUAGAGUGACUUGAACAGCAAUUUGUAAAGAAAUGUAGCAUCCUCAAGUUUUUGGAGGAUCUAUAUUGUUUGAGAUCUUAUAUGUACAAUUAAUCAUGUUCAUCAAUCUCAUUGUACAGUGAAAGAUUGGAAUAAAAUUCAAAU